ACUCCCACUCCAUUAAUUAUCGUAAUCUUCUUCCAUUAUUCCAUAUGAGUGAGCAUAUUGUGGUUUUGGCGCCUGACUCUGCUCUCUUCUUCACCUGCCCCUGCUUCACUACUUACCGAAUCCUCAAACAACAUCGACGACGUGGACGUGCAUGCUUUAUAUAUUCUCUUGGGUUUUAACGUUAGAUUAUUGUGUCCAACAUGGCCGAGGCCCCGACGACUUUGUCCAACGCAACCGUGUCGGGAGGUGCCGCCGCCGGCGACGUCGGAGACGAUGGAUAUUUCAACUCGAGCUUGGUCGUCGUCCUCGCCGCGCUUCUGUGCACUCUGAUGAUCGUGCUGGGGCUGAACUCCAUGGUGCGGUUCGCGAUCCGCUGCGGCCGGCGGCGGUUUUCGUCGGGGAGGAGCAGUAGCAGACCCAGUUCCGCGGCCGGCGCUGCGGCACCGGCCGGGAACAAGAAGCAGGCGCUCGGGCGGAUCCCGGUGGUCGUGUACGGGCCGGGGGCCACAGCCGGAGGGUUUGCAGCCACCGACUGUCCCAUUUGCCUUGGGGAGUUCGCCAAGGGGGAGGAGGUCCGCGUGCUGCCGGACUGCGGCCAUGGGUUCCACGUCGGGUGCAUCGACCAGUGGCUGGGGUUGCAGUCGUCGUGCCCGACGUGCCGGCGCCUGGUGGCGUGGUCGGCGGAGGAGGCCGCCGGAGGUGCGGUGGCCGUCGGCGAUGGUACUUCUGUCGUCGUCGAGGUGAGGUGAUCGCUGGCCUUGCGUGGUUGUCUGCUCAGUUUGGUCAAACAAAGACGGACGGCUAAUUGUGUUCAAUUCUCGUCGGUGAUCCUCCUCCACCACAAUCGGGAGUUGGGCUCGUAGUAGCAGAAAGAAACUUUAUUUGGCUCAAAAUCAUGAUUUGUACUAAGACGAAAGUUCAUUCUGCCACUUGAUUUUCUGCCAAAAAAUGUUUAAAAGAUUAAUCCACGUAUAAAUUUGU